AUGAAAACCUCCCUGGUCCUAAAUUCUCGCUGGCCAGCGGAGACUGUGAUGUUCGUGUAUGACAACAACCUAGAAGACCUCAACAAGAACAUGGAGGGUCUGGUGGGCAGCGGGAACUUUGCUGCAGCUACUGCGGCGAGUCAGUGCCGCAACCUCAUGGCCCAUUCUGCUACUGCGGCCGCUUUCGGAGGACACGCCUCUAACCUGGUGCAUUCCUCAGCUGGUUACUCUACAGUGGACGUUUCCACCUCGAGCUCCAGUGAGACUACGGCAUCUUCAGGAAAACAAUGUGGGACCGGACCCUGCCCCGGAGCCGCCGUGCCGCACCAGAGUUCAUCAGCUCCAACAGCGUUACCAUACAGCUACUUUGGUAACAGUUACUAUCCAUGCAGGAUGGGGAGAAGCUCCAUUAAAUCAUGCACCCAGGCGACUGGAGCUGCACUCAGUUCUCAGUACAUGGAUACUACAGUGAGUCCUGACGAGUAUCCAAACCACCGGGCCAAAGAGUUCACAUUCUACCACGGCUAUGCCAACCCCUACCAGUCCAUGGCCAGCUACCUGGACGUAUCAGUUGUCCAAACUCUUGGAAGCGGAGAUCCACGCCAUGAAACCCUUCUCCCCAUGGACAGCUACCAGCCAUGGGCUCUGACCAACGGUUGGGGAGGACAGAUGUACUGCUCCAAGGACCAGGCGCAGGCUGGACACCUCUGGAAGACUGCUCUUGCUGAUGUGGUGGCGCACCAACACGAAGGCUCGCCUUUCCGCCGGGGCAGAAAGAAGCGGAUACCAUACACUAAGCUCCAGCUCAAAGAACUGGAGAAGGAAUAUGCAGCCAACAAGUUCAUCACGAAGGACAAGCGGAGGAAGAUCUCGGCUGUGACUAACCUCUCUGAGCGCCAGAUAACCAUCUGGUUCCAGAACAGGCGAGUGAAGGAGAAGAAGUUCGUUGCCAAAGUGAAAAGCAGCGCGCAGUAGCACACAGCUCUGCGGAUUUUAUUGCGGACUUCAGUGUUUAUCAUAUUACAGAACAGAGAGAAUUGGGAUGAACCUAAAAUAUACAAGUGAAAACAUGAGAAUAAAAUGACGUAAAUUGGCAACCGGAACGGGGACUGUGAGGGACUCAUGUAGGCCUACUCAAUAGAAAAUUGAAAAGCUACAAAAAAAAAUGUACUCAAAGCCUUGAGAUGAACCUUCUUGGAGGCGCUUUGUAAAUUCUGUCGCUUUCUGCUUGUUUUCAAGUGACUCCCUGUCGAUGUUUGUUUUUCACAGCUGUUUGUGUGGUCAGUGCUCAGAUAUAGCUAGUGUAUGACAGUAGUAGUAUGACUUUUACAUUGCUAAUACAGUAAAGCAGUUAUCGCAACAUACUUUAACA